ACUUUGUUAAGGAGUCAGAGGAGCCUUCCCAAGGCAUAGCAGAAGCAGAGUACCUGGGAUCAUGGCCCUGCGAGAGAGAGAAAUCAGCAGCAGCUCCCUCAAUGACAAGCAAGAACAGAAUUGUAGUCAUGUUAUUACAGUUGUCUUCCUGGCACUCUUCAUCGACUUGUUGGGAUUCGCUCUCAUCUUGCCACUGUUUCCUUCCAUCCUUGAUUAUUACAGCCAGGCUGAGGAUGGAUUCUAUUUGUCAUUGCAACGUGGUGUGGACUGGUUUGCAGUGAUGGUUGGGGUGCCUCCAGAGCGGAAAUACAACAGUGUCUUGUUUGGAGGUCUGAUUGGCUCAAUCUUCUCCAUCCUGCAGUUUUUCUCCUCUCCCCUCACGGGUGCUGUGUCGGACUGCUUGGGCAGAAGGCCUGUCAUCUUGAUGACAGUGAUGGGUUUGAUAACAUCAUAUGCACUAUGGGCUGCCUCUAGGACUUUCGGCGUUUUUCUUCUCUCCAGGAUCAUAGGCGGAAUAAGCAAAGGAAAUGUCAGCCUCUCCACAGCUAUAAUUGCUGACUUACACUCUCCAAAAGCACGGAGCAAGGGCAUGGCAAUGAUUGGUGUUGCUUUCUCCCUUGGUUUUACCCUGGGUCCCAUGAUCGGAGCUUACCUAGCCAUGGAGACAGAGAAAGGAGAAGUAUUCUAUCUUCGUUCAGCAUUGUUAGCACUCAUGUUUGCUGUGGGUGAUUUAAUUUUCAUCUUCUUCCUGCUUCCGGAGACACUUCCUAAAGAAAAACGGGUCUCUUCUGUGACGUCUGGAUUUCAGGCAGCAGUUGACUUGCUCAGUCCUUUGGCUUUAUUUCAGUUCUCUGCAGUCACCCGAGGAAAGGAAUCCCCUUCAGAGGAGAAUCUUCAGAAUCUCAAAAUCUUGGGCCUGGCUUAUUUCCUGUACCUCUUCCUGUUUUCCGGCUUGGAGUAUACACUGAGUUUUCUCACUCACCAGAGAUUCCAGUUCAGCAGCAUGCAGCAGGGCAAGAUGUUUUUCUUUAUUGGAAUAACAAUGGCUGUGAUCCAAGGAGGCUAUGCUCGCCGAAUCAAGCCAGGAAAUGAAAUCAGAGCUGUAAAAAAGGCUAUUAUGUUGCUGAUUCCAGCUUUCUUGCUAAUUGGAUGGGCUGCAAAUGUGACCAUGCUGAGUGCUGGACUGUUGCUGUACUCUUUCGCUGCGGCCAUUGUUAUCCCGUGUUUGUCAGCAGUGGUGUCAGGCUAUGGCUCUGCCAGCCAGAAGGGACGCGUCAUGGGGAUCCUGAGGAGCCUGGGCGCCCUUGCCAGAGCCCUGGGACCGAUCCUGUCAGCUACAGUUUACUGGCUGGCAGGGGCAGAGGUUUGCUUCACUGUCUGUGGAGCUUUGUUCCUCAUCCCCUUCGUUUUACUUGGUUCUGUAAAAGAGCAGACAAAGGAGGAGUAGGAAGGAACCACAGAACUAUCACCAGCUUCCAGGGACCUCUGCAGACCUGACUCUUGGCACCGCGCUCUGCUGAUCAAAUAGGGAGAGGAGGAUGUUGAUCUGCUGGCAGGGGACACGUGAUGACCAUUUGCAGCAACAGCCGCCCUCAGGUUUCUGACAUGCCUCCACAGUUACAUUUAAGACAGCCUCCCAGCCAGCUCAGCUGGUUUUGCAAACAGAAAAAAACCAAACACAAAACAGCUGAGUAAAGCAUUAAGGUCCUCAGAGAAGCAGAGACCAGCAUGCCAGCAGACACUGUGUAGUGUACACAGCGCUCUUCUCUGCUCCUCUCCCUUCAUCAUCAGCACAAGCCAGACCAAAGCCACUGCCCGAAGCCUCUGCGAAAAGGACUCUUUUGUCUGGUGCGGGCUAGCAGAGAGCAAACGCCCCAGGCAGCUCAGACAGGGAGUUUCUGUGCAGUUGUCACGAGAUCUCCACAACUGCUCAGUGGACCUGGUAACAGCUGUACCAACCACCUUACAACAUGGCCACCAAAAACAAAAGCAAGCUUCCUGAGCCUGACUGAUACUUCGCCACAGGUGGACCGUUUUUAACAUACAGUUAAAUUUUGGGAGACGUUUUAUAUUUCUGAUACUGCGUGAUGUUUUUUGAUGACCAAGCACUGUUCUUUUUGCGUUACAAAUAAUAAACUGUUACAUUGUA